CACGGGUUAGCAAAAUAUUAUGCUAACAAGCGGCAAACUUUCACCAGCUAAAGUAGAGCAUAGCCAUGGCCUCUGUGGCUAACGGUCCGUACGUUCUCAGACCCCCGAAUUAUCCUCAUCAAUCAAAAGGCGGCAGCAACAACAACGACAAAAUCUUCAGAUUCCUCUGCUGGCCAUCUCAUGUUCUUAGAAACACUGGAUGGGUCCAUUCUAACAACUUUGUUGCAGCAUCAUCCCUCUCUCCACGCCCCCCAAAGCGAGGUUCUUCAACUAUCACCCGCUCCACUGCUAAUAAGUCUUCCCCAUCUACAGAAAUUAGUUCUACAGCCAAGAUACGCAGCGAAGUUCUCUCUCCCUUUCGGUCUUUUCGGAUGUUCUUUUAUCUUGCUUUCAUAGCAAGUGGUUCUCUGGGGGGAUUAAUAGCAACCACGCAAUUGAUUGCUGCAUUAACAAAUUCAUCAAGGGCAGCUGCAGUACCCGAAAUCUUGAACGGUCUUGGCAUAGACAUUGGAGCAGUAUCUCUUUUUGCAUUUCUUUAUUCAAGGGAUAAUACUGCUAAGAAUGCACAACUGGCUAGGCUCUCAAGAGAGGAAAGCCUUUCAAAUCUUAAGCUCCGUGUGGACGAAAAGAGAGUUAUUCCUCUCAGCUCUUUGAGAGGGAUUGCUCGCCUUGUAAUCUGUGCUGGCCCUGCAUCCUUUGUUGCAGAGUCUUUUCGAUUAAGUGAACCUUUCACUGAAGGCCUUUUGGACAGAGGGGUGCUUGUAGUACCCUUUGCUACAGAUGGAAAUCUACCUGGUUUUGAGUUUGAUGAAAAUGAAGAGACACAGGAUAUUACCGCCAAAAGGAAGAGACUCUGGCAGCUGGCUCCUUUUAAUAUUUCUGAGUGGUCCAAGUGGUUAGAUGAACAGAAGAAGCUGGCUGGUGUCUCCUCUGAUUCUCCUGUGUAUCUAUCUUUGAGGAUGGAUGGGCGUGUCCGUGGCAGUGGUGUUGGUUACCCUCCUUGGAAUGCUUUUGUUGCACAAUUACCUCCUGCAAAGGGGAUGUGGUCAGGUCUCCUGGAUGGCAUGGAUGGAAGAAUACUUUGAAGAAACUAUCUUGUUUACAAACGGCUCUUUCUCCACAGCUUCCUGGAAUUAUAAUACAUCCCUUCACUCCUUUAUGAUAAAAGAUAUGAUGCCUUCUUGUGAACUUAGUGAUAUCUGUUGGUUAUUUAUACUUUAAUUUAUGUGUUCUUUUUACUGUCCUCCCCCUGACUUCCUACCUAUGCAGUGUUCUGUUAGAAUAGGUUUUUCUCGUGCAUUUAACAUAUAGCCGACUUUUUUUCUUGUGAGCAAGAUUAUUAGUAUUUUUGUUGUAUUAUUCUUUUGAUAUACAAGGAGGAUUGUUAUCAAUGGCAAGGUAUGAUGAUGAACAUGCA